AAAUCUGAUCCCUCCGCUGGCAUUUUAAAUUUCCCGCGGUUGAUAGCUCCGCCCAGAUUACGACGUCCUGCGUUGACCUAGCAACCGUUUGUUUACAACCUGUCCUUGAGUUCAGUCUUUGCUGACAAGACGGGCAACAUUGUUGCAACUUUUGACGCGAACCAGUGUUUCACACCGCAUAGUAAAGGAAAGAUGGUUAUUUUCCCCCCCUUCCAGACUGAAAGAAUUGCAGUGGAGAAAUGUCUAGGUUGAUGGACCCUCCGCCCAAGUUCCUGCCACCAGAAUGGAGGCUUGCAAACCAAAUACAUUAUGGGAAUGCGGAGGUUGAGCGUUCACGCUCUGAGCGACUCACGGCUGAGAGUAAGAGGCUGAUAGAGGAGAGUGGCAUGGCAGCCAAACGCAUGCAACAGGAUGCCAACAAGAGACUGGAGCAGAGAAUCCAUGACAUCAAGUUCUGGAGGACAGAGCUGGACCAGAAGUUGGAGGAGGUUGUCCAGGAGAUUGAGGUGCUGAUAUCCUAUAAAAGCCGGGUGGAGAGAGCCUUGGAGAGCUGUGCCGAGCCCCUCAGAGUUGCCCUGCAGUGCCUGACUGAACGGCAGAGGCGUGUUUCCAUUGACCUGGUACAUGACGACGUGGAGCGGGAACUGAUGAAGGAGAGGGAGGUAAUCGAGGGAGUGGCAUCCCUGCUGAACCGCACCCUGGAGCAGACCAAUGAACAGAUCAGACUGAACCGCUCUGCAAAGUACUACCUAGAGAAGGACCUAGGGGACAAGUUCCAAGCAGAGCAGAUUGAUGGUUUCUGCUCCAUCCUCACAAGCACCUCCCCGAAUAUUGACAACGCGACAAGUCAGACAUCACUCGCAGCACCAGGUGCCACUGUGACACCAGAGGAGUGGGAGACCUUCUCCAAUAUCAACAUCCUCAAAGCAGAGCGCGAGAAGAACAACUCCCUGGCGCUGAGGGCUCUGGUGGACAGCCUCCUGGAGCAGAUGGCUGCUGACAUGCGCAGGCAGCACAAGGCUAUGGGCACUGCCCUCCGGCUGCAGGUCCAGGAGACCAAGGCAGCCAAAGGACAACUAGAGGACCACUUGGUAAAGGUUCUGUCAGAGGUGGCCAGCCAGGAGUGUAACCUGGAGGCCCUGCGCGUGGCCAUCGACGACAAAGCAGGUCCCCUGAAGGUGGCCCAGACGCGGCUGUCCGCCCGCAGCCAGAGACCCAGCAUCGAGCUCUGCCAUGACCCGGCCCAGGUCCGCCUGCUCUCCGAGGUCCAGGAGCUCACUGCACACAUCAAGAGACUGCGAGAGGCCCAGGCCCAGUCGGAGAUGGAGCUGCUGGCCCUGACCCGCUCCCAGCUGAUCCUGGAAGAGGAAAUCCAGGUCAAGUCCCACUCCCUCUACAUCGACGAGGUCAUCUGCACCCAGCUCCGCCAGCCCAUCUCCAUCCACAGCUUCUGAAUACCACUCCCACCAUGACAAGCCUGGUCCCUGAUCUCUUUGUGCUGUCUUGCAUCAACAGAUCUGGGACAAGCCUAGACCAUGGCCACAGUGGGGCUCUUUAGAUUAUGCUGACAUACCCAGGCCAGCAUUUUACAUUUGACUGAUAAAUAAAAUAUGAGGUAUACAUUGUGAUGGAAAGUUGGAGUGCUUGUAUUGUUUGCAUCAAUUUUAAUACAAUAUUUGGGUUUGAAGAAAAGCA